CUGUAUACAAAAAAAAAUCUACCCAACAACGUUAACGCUGAGGAUUUAGUCAUCUUGCCAUUAGGAUGUUCUUUUCUGUAAUUCUGUUUCCAUGUUGUAUUUCUAUGAUCGAGGCACUCACAUACGACAUAUCCAAAGAGAAAGCGAUGAUAUCUGAAAUACGGUCUAUGUCUGUUUCUAUGCACUCAUUGCUUGAGUCAUUAGAAAACAAGAUAAACGACAAUUCUCGUGAGUGCAGUCCCAAUGAAAACAAGUGUCCAGACGGUUCGAAGAAAUACAAAGAUCACUGCUACUUUUUUUCGCCUGAUGGUAAAACAUGGCAUGAUGCUGCAAAACAAUGUAAAAAUAUGAGAGGCUACCUUGUGAAGAUAACUGACUCAGCUGAAAACUCGUGGGUGGUUGACAUGCUUAAUAAAUCGGAUAGGUUCUAUCAUGGCUCUUGGAUGGGGAUGACAGACUUAAAUAAAGAAGGAGACUGGAGAUGGGAAGAUGACUCGUCUGUUCGUUUUUCCAACUGGAGUCCAAAUCAACCGGACGAUAACAACAAUCGUGAAGAUUGUGGUCAUUUUUGGUCACUCCAUCAUUAUGAAUGGAAUGAUGCUCCGUGCAACCUAGAUAACAUGGGGUAUAUAUGUGAGUGUUCACAUGGAUUGAACUGCCGUCCCGUUGAUGAAUGAGAGAAACAAGUAGCAAGUGAAAGACGAUAAUAUUGUUUGUUUCAAUAAAAAAAUCAGAACAGAAGGAAUUUUCAAUUUUAUCUCAAUCUUAUAUUUAAGCUAAUUUGGGCAUAUUUUAAGAAGAAUUGUGGGUUUGAUGAUGAAAUAAUAAAACUUUGACUAUUUGAAGACA